CCCCGGCCGCCUCCGGCUGCGGCUGCAGCAGCGCGCCCGGCGCCCCCUCCCGCCCAGUCCCCUCCCCCGGUGGCUCUCGCUCGCCCUCCUCCCUCCCCCGGCCGCGUCGGCCGCCUCCGGGUGCGCAGGGCAGCGCUCCGCCCGCGAACCCCGCCUGCAGGCGCCCCGGCGCGACUCGAGCGCCGAGCCCCCGGGCGCGCGUGGCGCCGCCUCCCAGACGCUGAGCGACGAUGAGCGGAGGCGCGGGGGUCGCGGCGGGCAGUGAGGAUCACAAUGCCUCUUCUGAAGAAAAAGGUUGCCCUAGCCCCAACCUAGAUACUUCAAAGGACUCUAAAUCAGGUGAGGAUAGCAGUUCUGAGAGCAGUUCCGAAAGUGAAUCUGGUAAUGAAGAGCCAAAACCAGAGAAAACAAAUGGGGAACUAGGAGAGUCUUCCACCGAGGAAGCGUCUGCUCAGGUUGAAGAAUGGGAGAAUAAAGAACUGCUCACAGAUCAUUUUAAUUCAGAAUUUAAUAAAAUCCAAUCUCACUGUGAACACUGUAAUGCUGAAAAUAAAGACAAUGAACUAGUGACUCCCAGGCUCCUUUCCCGGGGACAGUUUUUACUGAAGGUGGACACAGAGGGAACGUACCAGUGCAGGGAGACUGGUCUGAUAUUUGAGGUUAACAGAAAAGUUGACAUCAAAUACUGCAUCCUGUCCUGGAGCAAAUACGCAGACCUGGUUGUGAAGCCCUGGGUUGUCGGUGGACCCUUGUUUGAUGUUAAAUGUGACCCGACCUGUCUUACCUCCAUUCAGUUUCCACAUUCCCUCUGCUUGGGUCAGCGCGACACGAGCAUGACAUUCAAAGUCUUACAUGUUAAAAGUACUGGGGCCUCGUUAGAAUACACUGUGGACCAUUCUGCAACCCAUGUCAAAUGGCACGUGAGCUCUCUUUCUCCUGUGGGACCUGUUAUUCAAAGUGAAGAAACAGUAUUCCACCACGGGGCCGUCAUUCUGUACAAAGCCAUCGACCACAACCCAUCCUUGUCCUUUCGAGUGUACGUAGCAACCAAUAAUGAGUCCUUCAUCAAGGAUAUUUCCAAGUCUGUAAAGCACUCCUCUAAGAAAUUCAUGAAAAUCGAUAAGCCUCCCGUUUGCCAGAAGUUGUUGCAGAAUGGGAAGAAGUACAGGCUGAUCAGUGAGCCGGAGGCUGAAAUCACCCCCGAGGAAAUUGAAUUUGUGGAUGGCUCACUUUUAAAAUUGAAAAGUUAUAUUGAAGUGUAUUUGGAGCAACCAGUGGAGUUUAAAUUACUUCUGGUUGAAAUGGAUUCUGAGGAAAUUGUAUGGAAAGCAAAACUGAGAGAGUGUGACUGGGUUCAGGAUAAUCAGAACCCGAACAUUUCAAAAAGCAGCACAAGUGGUAACAGGCGACGAAAAAUGAGCAGCAGCUUACCUGAUGAGGCGGUCUAUGAUAAGAGAAUGAAGCAGGCUGACACUUCAGAUGGAGUGAAGACUAAAACCUUGUUAACAGACUCUCAGUUGAUUAACCUUGCUGAGAAGUUGGGGAAUGAGUGGGUAAAGAUUGCCAUUGCCAACCUGAAGUUGAAGAUUAGUGAUAUCGAUGCUAUCCUGGAGAAGAAAGAAGAUGUCACGAUCAAUAAGUUUAGGAUGCUGAAGAAGUGGCAAGAAAAGGAGCAGAGUAACGCCACAGCUCAGAAUUUAUGUAACUGCUUGGAAAACGUCGAUUCGGUUGAAGUCCAGGAUGUGCUGAAGGGUUUCUUACAGGAAACAUGACAUUUGGAAGAUGAGCUGGAAAAGGAACUCUCAGGAACUUUUACCUGCAAAGACCCUGUGCGUGGCAGCUGAGCGUGGCCUCCGGGACCCAGAGCUGCACCUCCUGUGGAGGCAGCUCCUCUCACAGGCCGCCCACAGCUCCUGUCCUUCGGGGGCAAAGGGAAUGAAGUAUCUGGAAACCUUGAGGAAGAAAACAACCUCUGCAAUAUCGAGAUUUUUUUUUUUUUUUUUUUUUGCAUCUCCUGCUCACACCCUCCCACCUGGGUUCCCCACCCAAACAGAUACACUUACCAAGGGUGCUUAGAAUGACUCAGUGCAGUCAGGUGAGAAAUGUGGUAAUUUUCCUUGUGGAGUCUGUGAACUAUGAAAUAUAUAUCCCGUGUUUGAAACAUUUUUAGCAAUUAAGUGGUGGAGUACUUAAAUGGCACCAAUUUCAUUUAGCUUUUUUCCUAAUGACUUUAAUAAUGAAGAGAGGUUCCUGUUCUUUUAGCUCCCACACAGUCAGACACUCCUGUGAAGCCGGGUACAAUAUGUCUUUUUUUUUUUUCUCAGCCGUGCUGCUGCGAGGCAUGCAGCAUCUUAGUUCCCCAACCAGGGAUCCAACCCAUGCCCCCUGCAGUGGACACAUGGAGUCCUAACCACUGGACCACCAGGAAGUCCCCCAAUAUGUCUUUAUAUGUGGGGUGUGAUUUCCGUGUCUCACAUUUACCAACCAGUCUGGCUAGAGGUCUGGUAAACCUUUAAACCGAUCAUGUUACGUGGUCCUAGGGUGAUUAGAAAGGAAUGUAAUCCUCUCCUCAUCAGUGUUGAUGCAAACACCUCAUCUCACUGGGGAAGUUCCGCUGGGUCCAUUGUCAGAGUCCCUGCAAGCUUCAUCAGCCUUCUGAAAUCACCAGGUCAGACACUGUAUUUCUUGACUUUGACCCCUGGAUCGUUUACUUUGGGGUGGGGUGGGGGGAGGCGCGGGAAUGCCACUGAGAAAUAGCCUUAGCCAGGACCAAGGGAAAACUGUCAUCUCUUCUUGAAGAGGAUUUGCCCCAGGGAAUCAUGGGCCAUAUUGGCUCUUGUUAAUGGUGGAAAUCUUUUUUUUGUUUUGUAUGUGUAGAUAUUGUCACUCUCCCAGAAUCAUGCAUGUGGUGAUUAACAUUUUGGAUAUGUUUUGUUAACUUAUUUGAAGAAAGUAUAAAUUACUACUAGCCUCCUGUAGACAUUAGCUGGAGAGUAAAUUUAAUCUCAAUGAAUUAAUCAGAGAAACACAUACUUUAACUAUAGCUUUGCCUGUGAAGAACAAAUUUGCUUUAUAGGGAAGAACGUAUUUCUGAUGAUCAGGGAUCCUGUGGAAUGCAAAUCAAUGUCACUUUAUGAGUUUUCUUUUAAUUGUUCUAUGUUUUAGGAAACACAUGGAGUUUUAACAUUCAGAAGUGUAAAAUACUUAAAAGGACUUGAAUUUUUUAAAUGUUUAUUAUUUUUUUAUAAGUUGUUUUCCAAAGAAAAGCAUAAUUUCAGAGGUGCUUUGUAUAUAAGCUGGUUUCCUAAUUUCCAGCCUUUUUCCUACUAUGGAUAAAGGGAAGAACAAUAAAUCUGCAUUUGUACAGUGCUAAUACAUCUUCUUCAUGUUAUCAUUUAAUUAUAAAUUACUUUUU